AUGGCCUGGGUGCGCCGCCUUGCUGCCCUCCUCGGCGCCUGGUGCUGGCUGCCCGACAACAGCUUCUUCCUUCGGACGGUUCCACUUAUUCAAGACACUCUUGACAGAUUAAGCCGAAACAACUUCUCGGUCACACUUUCCAUCAUCGACUCCACAGCGGUGAAUCUUCAUACAAUUGAAGACCAGCUCCUGACGGCCGUGAUUCAGCUAUGCCCGAAGCUGACAGCCAGCCGCGUCUGCUUCGGCACGCCCAGUCGCCAUCCCGAGCGACCGCAGCCGGCAAGCCAGCCGGUCCAGAACCCCCCCAUUUACUCCCCCCGAGCCUCCGAGGUCACCCACUCACCCCGGAGAAGGAGAAGUGGCGGCGCCCAGCCGAGAAGCCAGGCAGCCAAGAAGCCAGCCAAGAGGAGGAAGUUUGGCGGCAACCAUCGCCAGCAGACUGCCAAGCACCACCACCACCGGUGUCUGGAUAACGUCCAGGAGGUAAUAUUGGGAAGGGGAGAGUGA